UGAAGCGUCUCCAAAGCCCUCCUGCCAGAGAAGAGGAACCCCCAAAAGCAAUACCUGCCCCAGUUCCUCUCAGUAAGUCUCAGCCUGAGCCCACCUCCAACAUCCGGGAGAUCAUCAGACAGUACAACAGCCGACCCCAACCAGAGGCCAAACCCUUUGAGCCUGUCAGACCUUCUGCGCGGCAUUUUCUAAAGAAGAAUGACCCCAAAGAGGAAGCUCUGGCCAAACUCCGAAACAAAGCACCAGCGCCACAACAGAAGAAACAGUGGGUGCCCCCACCAGUCAUGCCCAAGAGGGAGCCACCUCCCCCCAGGACCCCGUCCCCACAGCCCUCUCCUCCCUCCACCAGGGGGCCCCGCGUCAUCUCCAGCAACAUGAGGCAGAAACAGCGCUCCCUGGCUGACCUGUUUGGCUCGCAGCGCUCCCAGCACCCUCCGCCCGCUCCCCCUGACUCCCCGCCACCUCCUCUGGAACCAGCACCCGUCCUUCAGGACAUCCCCGACCCGCCGCCCAUGGCUGCCCCAUCUCUCA